CUAGAGGCUGAGCCGUCGAGUGGCGUCGAGUACCGGCCGGUCGGAUGUCCGCGGAGGGCGGCGGCUACUCGCCGUGUCCGGCGGAGGCGCUGCCGGAACUGAGCGCCGCGGAGCUGGCGAUGAGCCUGUCUCCAAAGUCAGCCUUGCUGCAGCAGAACCUCUCCCAGCUGCAGCUUCAGCAUUCCACGCCGUUCUCUGUGACUGAUAUUCUGUCCCCGAUCGAGGAGUACCGCAAGCUGGAGCUGGCGAACAACCCGCCUUCGCCUUACAGGUCAAACUCGUCAGGCAGCAGCAUCAACUCGCCCUUAGGGCCGUCCUGCGGGAUGGCGGGCAACCCGUACGCGGUGCCCCUGUACGGGGGCGCCCCCGUGCAGGGCUACGGCUGCGCCCCCGCCGACCUGCCACACUACGGUGACAUGCGCGGCGCAGGCUGGUACCCUGCCUCCAACGACCCCAGGUUUGCCAUUUCCAGGUUAAUGACCUCCACCUCCGGCGGGAUGGGCCACGUAAACAAUAUGGGGGGCCUGGCCGCCUGCGCGGGGCCUGACGCGAAGCCCAUGCAGUUCCCCCUGGCCCAGAGACGCAAAAGAAGAGUCCUGUUCACGCAAGCUCAAGUGUACGAGCUAGAACGACGGUUUAAACAGCAGAAGUACCUGUCAGCCCCUGAGCGGGAGCACCUCGCGUCGCUCAUACACCUCACACCUACGCAGGUCAAAAUAUGGUUUCAAAAUCAUCGUUACAAAUGUAAAAGGCAGGCAAAGGAGAAAGCGAUGGCGGAGCAGAACCAACACAAUCAGUCUUCAUCAUCACCCCGGCGGGUCGCGGUGCCGGUGCUCGUCAAAGACGGCAAGCCCUGCGGCUCCGGGGAAUCUUCCUCGCCAGCGCACAGCCACUGCGCCACGCCCACCUCAGGCUACACCCAGCAAGGAACCCAGGCAGCGUGCAGCAACCCACUGGUUUCCUACCGACAACCAGCUGCGUACCAGCAGCAAUGUUCCGGCUACCUCCCCCUGCAGGGCAGGGCGUGGUAGAAGUUCCCCCAGCUUUACCACGAGACUAUGUUUAAAGAGGAAAUGUAUUUUGAUUAGGUCAUGUUGCGUCAGGAAACGUGGGUUGAGCUCGUGUUAACGAUACUAAUUCUUUAUUUCGGACAAAAAAUAUUUUUGCCAGACAUAACGUUUGAUUUAAAAAAAUAAAAUAUAGUAUUGCACGCAACGCGAUAAGGCAUAUAAAAAUAAAGAAUCUAUAGCAAAUCUUAGUAACGAUCUUUUAUUCAUACUUAUCGGGUAUUAGUUGACAAUGUCGCCAGUCACAACAUCGGCCGUCGGUACAUCGAUGACUGACAGGUUACUGUAACGAGAGUGCGCGUGUCAAUGGCCGCUGCAUCGACCGCUAACAAUAUCGACAGUCACCUUUAUGACAGAUAUGUUACAGGUUACAGUGAUAGUAUUCACGUCUACAGUUAUAUACUCACCAUAAGUAUUUACAGAUAUAUAAUUUACAGAAUUAUAUUAUUUCAAGAUUUUAUUAUUAUUAGUUUAAUUCUGCGUUUGUCAUGAAUUUAACGUGUCUUGUAAAUUACAUUUACAACUUCCCGCUUAAAUUAAGUGUACACAUAUUUUUUUUCAUUUGCUUAAAUUAUAAUGAUAAUGAAAAGUUAUUAACAACGUCUAGCGCCAACGGUGGCAAUACAAGUCAGUUUGUGUUUUAAAUUAUUGGUUUUUAUCACGUUUUACAUACAAAUAUACUUAAUGGCUAUAAACAAAUAUGCAUUCUCAACAGCAAAGCUCUACCGGAUAUUAAGAAUAUACAAAAACAAAAAAAAUCUGUUUAUUCCCUUUGUUGCCCAUGUGGUUCCAUCGCAGAGUUCUACUGGUUGAUGGUUGUGGUUCAAUCAAUCGGACCACGGGAAAUUUACUUCUAUCCUGAAACCAUACCUAUUAAGCGAUUGUAAUUUAUAUAAUAAUUAUACUACUGUAAAAAGAUUUUUUACAAAUAGUUUGAUUUCGCGCGUUCCUCUAAGAACAUUGUCUAUGGUAAAGCGUGGUUGGCUAUGGCGGACCAGAGACAAUUAGUGAAAUAGUGAGAGUGCGGGUGUCGGACUAAAAUAGCGAAGGCCGCACGGAGGGUUCUGUAUAUAAGUAGUUGCGUAGAUAUAUAAGCCUACAUGGAUUUGAAUUUUAUUUGUGAUACCAACUUUUUCAUCCGAGUUUGGACAUGAUCACAAAAUUUUAUUUGUAUUGCCUAUAGCACUACCUAUUUUCAUUAAUUCAUCAUCAUAACUAUUAUCAACUUAUUGCCCAUUAAAAGUAGGUAUUACUUAAAUAAUAUGUAAAUUAAAAUAGCUUACAACGUACAUCAGUCCGCACAACUUACAAUAGGUACAACUUUUUUUUAAAAUCAUAGACAUCAUUAUUUUGUUGGAGGUUUCCAAUGUCAUUUCUACUAUUUCUCACCUUUAUAUUACUUUUUAAAAUUUACAUGAGCUACUUUAAAUCAAUUACCUUUAAAUAUUUAAUUUCGUAAAUCUAGAACUUAAAAAAUAGAUAUUCUUACAAUAUAUCAAUGUAUUAAGUAUUUUGUGAUCAUGUUUAAAUUAAAUCUAGUGCCAAACGUAACGUUCUUUCGCGUGAAGGAAUUUUUCAAACACUUGUGUUUAUUUUCUAUUGUAUUGUAAAUAACUGAAGUAGAGGACAAUUGUUGUGUGAAUAGUUUUAUGGUAAAUCAGUGUUUGUGUGUGUAGAUAUCUAAUGUACAUAACGGUGUGAACACUUAGUGAUUUUGUAGGGCAAUUCCUUUUAUAUACUGAAGGCCUACCACGGAACAUACAAACACGUUUCUAAAGUCCACACAAAUGCUGUCUUUUUUUUCUUUUUGUGGAAAAAAAGGGAGAAUGUUUGGACGCCAUGACGUGCUACGUGUUUUAUGUUUCACGGUAGCCCUGUAGCCUAAAUCAUUUUUUUAAUAUACUCCACUUUUUAUAAAAAGUAUUUUUUAUUAUUCAUUCAGAAGUAACCUUAAUAAAAAUUAUGUCAUAAUAUCUCAAUUUAUUCUUUAAGAGACGACAACGAAUUUAUGAAAUCUGAUUUAUAUUUUUUUUGUAAUAAAAACAAUUAAGUAUUAGUUUUGAACAGAUCCAUUUUAUGGACAAUACCUAGAUAGAACAGAGCACUCAUCGUACAAGUAAGUGAAAAUGUCUAAUAUUAAAAGUUUACAUCUUGCAAUGCAAUGAAAAAUAUAAUAUAACCUUAUUUUGCUUAUGAUUAAUUGUUAAUUUACUUACUUUAAGUCGAGUGGCAAUUAUUUUACAGAGAAAACAUAUGAAAAAUAUAAUUGAUGCUAAAAAAAUAUACCUAUAACAAUUUCCUGAAAGCAUAGCUUAAUUACUGGAAAAAAUUACAUUAAAAAUAGUUUCUAGAAUUGUCUUAAGUAAUUUAAAGAAUCAAAUUUAACUGUCGCCUUUAUUUUCCUAAAAAAUGUGAAAUCGGCGCCACUAGGUUUCAGAGUUUUAUUCAAAACACGGGAAUAAUUUAUACGUAGUUAAUUUUUUUAUUAAUGUGCAUCAUUGCAAUGUACUUAAACAAUUUAUAUUCAUUCAUCUCAAUAGUAGUCGAAAAUUGUAAAUAAAUAACGUACGGCUCAUGUUGGCACCACCAACAAGAUGGCGGCUUUCCCGCGGUAAUUAUAGCAAUAAGAAUAAUUGUAAUUAGAUUAAUGAUAUGAAGAGAUGUAAGUAAUGUUUUUCUAAACUUAAUUUAUGUUCUGGAUAGUUCCAUGUAAUUAUUAUAAGAUUAGGGACGUUAUUUCGGAUUACGAAUAUAAAUAAUUGAAAUAAUGGUAAUGUGAAAGGAAUUUGUAAUUAUAAGGAGAAGUGAGGUGUAAUGAAUUUCGAUUUAUAAAAUAAAAAUUAACGAGUUUUAUAUAUUUGUUUUACUUGAAAACCUUCUUAGAGCAAUCGAAUAUAUUCAAAAAGAAGCAAUUUUUAUCCUUCCCUGCGAUCUCAAAGCCUGUUGGACUGGACGCUUCUUCCAGUCCUGUCAAAAAUAUUG